GUUGUCUGAGUCAGGUCAUGCAGGCACGCAUACCUACAUAUACAUAGUAAUGCAUACACAAUGUUUUUUACUACUGUCUACGAUAACACUCCCCAUUCUACACACCCUCGGCUCGCGCAUCAUCGGCGGCAGCAAAAUCCCCAUCACCGCCACCCCCUACCAACUCAUCCUCCUCCGCGCCCGCGUGCACAUCUGCGGCGCCGUCCUAAUCGCCCCCCAGCGAGCCCUAAGCGCCGCCCACUGUUUCCCCGCCCCUGGCCCCUACUCCGUCAAGGGCGGAGUCACCAACCUGCAAGAACCGGGAUUCGUCAGCCACAUCAACAUGGCCCUGAUCCACCCCAAUUUCACCAGAACGAACGGCGACUACGACUUGUCGGUUCUGUUCCUAGCCACGCCUUUCCCCCUCUCCGACAAAAUCCGGCCAGUGGCGUUGCCCAGAGAGGGUCCGGAGGGCGAAAUACGCGCCGGAAUGGUGGGGAAAGUGAGCGGGUGGGGCAAGACGACCCAUAAUUCCGACGAAUUGCGUUCCGAGGAUUUGAAAGGCGUGGAUUUGCCGGUGGUGGCACAGGAGAAGUGCCAAAAGAAGUUCGACUACUUUCAGGUGAUAACGGAGAGGAAGUUCUGCGCGGGGGUGGAGAAAGGGGGGGAGGAUGCGUGCACGGGGGACUCAGGGGGGCCGUUCGUGGUGGAAGGGGUGUUGUAUGGGAUUGUGUCGGAUGGGCUGGAUUGUGCCCAGCCGGGGUGGCCGGGGAUUUACACGAACGUGCAGGUGUUGAGGGGGUUUAUCAGGGAGAACGCGGAGGUGUGA